AUAUUUCAUAUACAGAGUUGCACUCGCAGUGAUGACGGUGCUCUUAGUUCUGUCUCUCUUAUUCUUCUCAUUCUUAAUGGGUUGUUCUGAUGGUCAGCUUGAGGUAGGGUUCUACUCCAACACUUGUCCUCAGGUAGAUUCCGUUGUCCGUGACGUUGUUAGAGAAGCUGCUCUCUCUGAUACCAACAUGGCUGCUGUCUUGCUCAGACUUCAUUUUCAUGACUGCUUUGUUGAGGGUUGUGAUGGUUCAAUUCUGAUUGAGAAUGGUCCAGAAUCAGAGAGACACGCAUUUGGACAUCAAGGGGUUAGAGGGUUUGAUGUGAUAGAAAAAGCCAAGGCAGAAUUGGAAGGAUCUUGUCCUGGUGUGGUUUCUUGUGCAGACAUAGUGGCAUUGGCAGCUAGAGAGGCUAUUGUUUUGGCGAAUGGACCAACAUAUGAAGUUCCAACAGGGAGGAGAGAUGGGUUGGUUUCAAAUGUUUCUCUUGCAGAUGACAUGCCAGAUGUUAGUGAUUCAAUUGAGCUACUCAAGACCAAGUUUCUGAACAAGGGUCUCACAGUGAAAGACCUUGUUCUUCUCAGUGGUGCACAUACAAUUGGAACCACAGCAUGCUUCUUUAUGACUAAAAGACUGUACAACUUUUUUCCAAGUGGUGGAGGAUCAGACCCAUCAAUCAGUCCAAAUUUUCUCCCACAGUUGCAAGCAAAGUGCCCUCAGAAUGGAGAUGUUAAUGUUAGGCUAGCCAUUGACGAGGGCAGUGAGCAGAAUUUUGACGUACACAUUCUGAAGAACAUAAAGGAAGGUUUUGCUGUGUUAGAAUCUGAUGCCAGACUCAAUGAUGACAUAGCCACAAAGAAUGUCAUUGACUCUUACUUUUCUCCCUUGGGUCCAAUGUUUGAGCCUUCUUUUGAAGCUGAUUUUGUUGAUUCAUUCGUGAGGAUGGGCCAAAUUGGUGUCAAGACAGGAUUCCUUGGAGAAAUCAGGACAGUGUGUUCACAAUUCAAUUGAAGUAAAUAAGCAACCAAUAAUGAAGUGAUUUAUGGCUUCUGGUUUUGUUAUUUUUUAGGUGGAAAGCUUCCUCUGCUUUAUAUUCUAAAUUCAUACGUUCUUAUUGUUUGUGUUUUCAACUUCUCAAUGGGCACUUCAUUUGUGUAAAGGAUCACACCUCUAGCUUGUUUGGUUUGGGUAAAUUUGUGUAAAUGUUAACUGAGGUUUAAGGUUGUUUUUUAGUUAAUGUGGGUUGAUGGAGUCCGUGGAUUCAA